AUUAGUCGACGCUAGUAACAGCUGUUCUGAUACUUGGAAAGUAUUUAAAUGCAAAAUUUGUUUAUUUUAUUGUUAAUUUGAUUAAAUAUCUACUUUGUGAAGUUAACAACAUCGAUGACAAAUGCGGAGAAAUUAAUGUUUUGAGUAUUCGAAGAAAUAAACAAACGAAGAUACUUGGAAAAAUAUAGGUUAUAGUGUUGUAUUUUUUGUUUCCGUCCUACUAAAAAAAUAAUUUUCAAAGUUUUGCGUUUAUAAACAUUUAUUAACAAACUAAAAACUACAGACGAUUAAUCUUCUGAAAGAAGACAAGUUAAAAUGUCAAAUUGGGAAGAAAACUCGAACCCGAUACCACCCCGAUGGCUUCACUGUCCACGAAAAGCAAUCAAAUUGAUUCGAAAUAAGUUUCUUGCUUUCAAGACUCCAUUAUCGUCCAAAUUUGAUAGCCAAGUGCCAGAAGAAUGUCGUUUUACGAUAGAUAUGAUGAUGGCAUCAUUAAAAAGUCAGAAAAUAAAGUUAGGUCUAUGGAUUGAUCUAACUAAUACUUCAAGAUUUUAUGACAAGGAAAGUUUAGAAGCAUAUGGUUGCAAAUAUUUAAAGUUGCAGUGCAAAGGUCAUGGUGAAACUCCUACUGAAGAACAAACAAAAACUUUUGUGCAUGUCUGCAAAAAGUUUAUAUUAUGUCAUCCAUUAGAAAUUAUUGGUGUUCAUUGCACACAUGGUUUCAAUAGAACUGGCUUUUUUAUAAUUAGUUAUUUAGUAGAAACUGAUUCUACUAAUGUUGAUGCUGGCUUAAAAGAAUUUGCUAUUGCAAGACCACCAGGCAUAUACAAAGCUGAUUAUAUUCAAGAAUUAUUUAAACGAUAUGAUAACAUGGAAGUUGCUCCUGAUCCCCCACCUCGACCAGAUUGGUGUUUAGAAUAUGAUGAUUCUGAUGUAGAAGAUAGAGAUGAAGGUUCCAGUACGAAUGUACCAACCAAAAAAAGAAAAUUAGAAAUCAAUAAUAAAAAUCCAGUAUUCAUGGCUGGUGUAGAUGGAGUAGUUCCUGUUUUGGAAAAUAAAAAGUUGAGUAAAAUACAAAGACGUAUACAAGACAUUUGUUCUUGGCAAUCAAAUGGAUUUCCAGGUUCUCAACCAGUUUCUAUGGAUGAAAAUAAUCUCAGAUUCCUACAUGAUAAACCAUAUAUGGUAUCAUGGAAAGCAGAUGGAACCAGGUAUAUGAUGCUGAUUCAAGAGAAUGGUGAGGUUCAUUUUAUAGAUCGAGAUAAUAGCGUGUUUCAAGUUAAUGGAAUGUCUUUCCCACAUCCUGAAAAUGAAACUCUUAAAGAUACUUUAUUAGAUGGUGAAAUGGUGAUUGAUAAGGGAAACGGUAAAGAAUGUGCAAGAUACUUAGUUUAUGACAUAGUAAUGUAUAAUGGCGAAGAUGUCAGUAAAUUGCCAUUCUAUCCAAACCGCUACUUUUUUAUUGAGAGGCAAGUUAUAGGUGCCAGAUCCAAGGCAUUCAUGAAAAGAUGGUUGAAAAAAGAAACAGAACCCUUUUCAGUACGAUUAAAACAGUUCUGGAGUGUAAAUCAAACUGCUUAUUUAUUAAGUGAUAGAUUUUCCAAAAAACUACCUCAUGAACCAGAUGGUUUGAUAUUUCAACCUAUGAAAGAACCUUAUAAACCAGGAUAUUCACCAGAAGUGUUAAAAUGGAAGCCAUUAUCACAUAAUUCUGUAGAUUUCAAAUUGAGAAUAGUUGUAGAAUCUGGAGUAGGACUUAUCCCAACGAAAGUUGGCUAUCUUUUUGUAGGUGGUAGAACUGAACCAUUUAGCAAAAUAAAAUUGACCAAACAAAUAAAGGAUUUAGAUAAUGCAAUUAUAGAAUGUAAAUAUGAAGAUGGUCAAUGGAUUUUCAUGCGUGUAAGGACUGAUAAAUCAUUUCCUAAUUCAGUUAAUACAGCUUUCUCUGUAUGCAAAACUAUUUUAAGACCUAUAACUACCAAAGUACUCUUAGAUUAUAUUGAUAAACAUCGAUUUGUACAAGAUGAUUCUGAUCUAAUGCCACCACCGAGUAUAAGACAUAGAACUGUUAUGUUAUGGUGUACAAAGGAAUUGACAGUAAAACAAAAAAGAUCACUACGUGUUAACAUAGAAUUUGAUCAUGCAACUUUGAUACGUUGGUCUCCUGAUGGUAAAGCUUUUCUUAUACAUAAAGCUGUAGCAAAUACUAUUGAAGUAUAUAAAAUUUCCAAGAAACCAGAUGGUACCUUAGCUUCCGCGACAAAAGCUUUAGAAUUUUCAAAGCGACAUACUGAAGAUGUUGUUGGUAUGGAUAUUGCAUGUACAGGAAAAUACAUCAUUACAUGCAGUAAAAUAAACGAUCUUAUAGUAUGGGAUCUCAAAGGACAGGUUCUUGCAACUAUAGAGUUGCAUCUUGGAUCAACUUAUCAAGCACAUAUAUCACCUUGUGGACGUUUCAUUGGCAUAUCGGGAUUUACUCCAGACGUGAAUGUAUGGGAAGUGAUAUUUAGUAAAUCAGGAGAAUUUACGCAAGUAGCAAAAGCUUUUGAUCUAGCUGGUCAUUCAUCUGGAAUACUUGAUUUUACCUUUAGUGCUGAUAGCAGUAGUAUGGCUACUGUAUCAAAAGAUGGAACUUAUCGUUUAUACGACACCAAAAUUGAAUUUGAAAAAGGAGAAGAUCCUCAUGUACUUCAAAUUGGACCAUGGGAAAAUACAGCAACAGCUAAUAUUGCACUGUCCCCUAAUACUGAAGUGUUAGCUAUAGCUCAUGGAUCUUCCUUAAGUUUUUAUUCCACAAUUACUGGUUUAUUAGAUACUACCAUAGAAGAUAUCUUUAUGGGACCUAUUACGUGCCUAGCUUUUGAUGCUAUGGGAGAAUAUGCCUUAGUUGCUGGAGAUAGACAUAUAAAAGUUUUCCGCAAUAUUACUGGUUAUCGAGUAGGAAUUGAAUCUGCGAGACGCAAAUUAACACAAAAGCAAACAUCAGCAACAAAAGAACGUUUAGAAAAACUAAUUGAAGAUAACACAAAAUUUCUUCAAGCAAUGGGAGAGAAGUGUCCUUAA